AGUCCGGAUCGUAGAGAGAAUCGUUCGGAGAGAGGAUUCGAAAGUCCAACCCGAGUCCAUAAUGGACACGCCACUUAUCUCAAGAUCGUGUCAUGUCAGAAAACCGCCGAAACCGAAGAAAGGUCCUCUAUCGCGGUACAUCUCGAAAUGGGAGGAUCUUGAGAGCAAGAUCUGUGCCUUCCACGUGAGGAAGCAUGAAAGACUGAUCGAGGACGUCUGCACCUAUUUCAAAAACUUCCCGAUCUCGCAAGACAUUUGCACCGCAACGUUGCGGUUUGGCUCGAGCGUCUCCGAUCAGUCAGGAAUAUUCGAAGAGCUCGCAUCACAACUGACUGGGACGACCGAGUUGGUCUGCCGGCUAACCCCUAUAGAUUGCCAUUCUCUUAGCUCCAUAGUCCAGAAGCUGUUCCACGAAUUCGUGGACGCUGCGUGUCCUAACGAUGCGCCACGAUUGAAAAAGAGCCUCGUGACGUUCGAGAAUCUCGUCCAGAUCUUCAAAUUGAUUACGAAGAAUGCGGCGGAGAGACAGCGAAGUCCAAAAAAGAGACGAGACGCCAAACCUUCGGUCACCGGCACGAAGGUGAUUAUCAUAAUCGAAGAUGUAACCUCAGUCGCCCCAACGAUCCUAGAGGACUUUUGUCUCAUUCUGAAGAAUCACCUAGACACCAUGGAGACGUGUCUCGUUUUCGGCAUGUCUUCAACGUCCCAGAGUGUGCAUAAGCUCCUGACUUUCAAGUGCUCGUCUUGUCUGUCGAUCCAGACGUUCACAUCUCCUCCUGUCCCUGAAACAUUGGCGGAAAUCUUCGAGUUGCUGGUUUUGAACCGCGACUUCCCCCUCAAACUCUCGCCAGAGGUGUACAAUUGGCUGAAUGAUUUUGUCUUAUUCCACGAUUUCUCACUCACGACUCUGCUGCACAUUCUCAGAGUCGCGCUCACCCUGCACCUGCAGACAGUGGAUGAGAACGUGAUAGAAGCCCUUUUCCAGCCCGGAUUGGAUGUGGAGGUCGACGAAGCUCAUCUCGCACACCACGAUACGGACCUUCAUCUUGAAGAGCUAUCGAAGCUUUUCAUAGCUCUUGGAGAAUCUAAAUCCGUCAAUUUUAAGGAGUGCUACCUCGCCUUGCAGAAAGACAAUUUUCUAGAGUCAGUAAUUUUCAAGAAAGUAGAGCAGACCAUCAAGUUCCUGUCAACCGAUGAGCUGAAGUCGAGAUUGAUGUCGUACAUUGAGAAAACGAAAGAGAGCGACCAAAUCUUGAGGGAAGAUCUUCUCGAGAGUAUCGUGGACCUUAUUCGGCGACUUUUCGAGGAAGACCUUCAGGAGAACCUUGCGGAGAACGAAGACACGAAUUUCUCAGACGUGAAAUCAAGAUUCGAACUGAAGAGUAAGCUCCUCAUGGCUGCUCAGAAAAAGCGAACGACGAGACUCGACGUCGUCAAGGAAGACCUGAUCGGUCUGCUGAAGAGCGACGUGAAGUCCUUGAAGACCCCAUCGAGCUUGAAAAUGUACAACGAGGUCUACAUACGGAAUGCGAAGGAACUCGAAAAUUUCUUCAACCCAUCCCAGCGCUCCCGGGUCCAUCAAGCCUUGGCGACCCCAUCGGUGUACCUGAACUGCAAAUGCUGUCAAGUUAAAUCUACGGAGCUCAAAGCCGAACUGCCCCCCAUCAGCUUGGCCUAUAAGCUCCAUCUCGAAUGUGGUAAAAUGAUUAAUAUCUACGAUUGGCUACAGAGCUACCAGACUGUGAGAGAGGACUCGUCGAAAUUGAGUAUAGCGCAAUUCCUCCGCGCGGUCCGAGAGCUGACGCUGGUCGGUUUCGUGAAGCCAACGACCCGAAAAACAGAUCAUUGUCAACGCCUGACUUGGGGAUCAUGCUGACGCAACACGUCUUCAAUCCUA